CACACUGUGUAUAUUUAGAGUUUAAGUCAGACACCAUUUUAGUCAGGACAAUCUCCUCUUUGUAAUAAAGUAAGUCUGGGCAGCGAGCUCGGUGGUCGUUGAUCACUAGACCAGAAAGAGUCUAGAGUUUUCAUUUUUUCCCUACUUCCUCAUUACGCAGACAUGCUCAGUCGACACCAUCAAGGUGCGGUUUGUUUACUUUCUACACAAGUAAUUUUUUUCAGUUUCAUCCUAAGAAACUUGUAGUGGUAAAAUAGAAAGGGAUAAAAAAAAAUCUGCCAUUUAGGGGAAAUGGAAUUCUAAGCAUCACUUCAGUCAGAGGCUCUGCGACGGUUUGUUUCAAUUCAAUUUCUAUGGCCUCGCGCUAGUGUUCCAAGCUCAGCCAACUUCUUCUUUGGCCCUUUUUCAAGCCUUUGGUGAGUUUUGACUCAUUCUAUUGUCUAUUGUCAUUCUAUUGUCCAGCCUAGUUCUGGUUUACGUUACUUCGUUGUAGAGAAUCUUCUCAGGAACACAAGACUUAAUUUCGUGAGGGUAGGACUUUGAUUAGAUCUUAUUUUCAAGUUAUCGGAAAAGGUCAAAAAGGUCGCAGAAAGAUCAAUGUUAAUCAUGAGUCAAUAAUGGCAUCAAAUCACCUGUCUGGUUUCUUAAAUGAAACACGUUUUGACCAAGGAAAAGAGUUGCUACUUUAAAGCAUCUCAAAUAUAAAAUAUAUUUUAAGUUUUGUUUUGUUACUAAAUUAUUGCAUAUGUGUUAUUUCAUAGUUUUGAUGUCCAAACUUUUCACUUGUACAGUAUAUAUCUAGCUAUGGCUCUACAAAAAAAAUCCCGGUCUACCAGCAGCCUAUCACUGACGAAUUGGGGUCAGCCCUACUUCAAAGGCCCGACCUGAAGGUAACAGAUUACAACCUGCUCCGACGUCACAACUGCGAUGGUUAGGAAACCCCACUGUGUCAUUCCACCCAGCCCUGUGGCCACCUGAUUAAGCUUGGUGUGUGUUUGCCUUCCCCUCAAAGACGAUGUACUGCCUUCAGUGGUUGCUCCCGGUUCUCCUCAUCCCGAAACCUCUGAACCCGGCUUUAUGGUUCAACCACUCAAUGUUCAUGGGCUUCUACCUGCUCAGCUUCCUGCUGGAGAGGAAGCCAUGUACCAUUUGUGCCUUAGUGUUCCUGGCAGCUCUGUUUUUCAUCUGCUACAGCUGCUGGGGGAACUGUUUUCUGUACCACUGCCAUGACUCCGCACUACCAGAUUGUGCACACGACCCCAGCAUUGUGGGCACCUAAGAGGAUUCUCCGUGACGUGAUGCGCAGAUGGAUCCUGGACAAUAUGUAUCUAGGCUGUGAAUAAAAUCUCCCACCUGACACUGUCCAUGUGGAGAAACAUAGACUUCAUCCUGAUUCUCAUCCCCUCGACCCUUUGUGUGCACUUGUUCACGUCUCUUAAUGGAUUUAAAAGGAAUUGACUGGUGUAUGAAAUAUGGUUACUCCCCCAUGCAUACACCAGUCCACUGCUUUUAAAUGUGUGGGCAUGUGUACACUUCCCAGAGAAUAGCCUACCCUACCCUCCUCACUACUGCCCUCCACCCCUGCCUUUUCCCCCUGUUUUUUUAGUGAAUGUCGCCUACCCUGGCCUCAUUGGAUCUAAACGUUUGCAUGGGUUGCCUUUUUUAGAGUUUUCAAAAGUCGUGUUAAUACAUAUGUUUUAAUUACAGAAAUCUGAAAGUUUCCAAAGGGUAGAAAUCAAAUGUGUUGUUCGUGUGAAAAUGCUGACUAUCAGUAUAAGUUACAGUAGCAGGAAGGUGAACAUGAAAAUCCUGCUUCCCUGUUGAGCUUUGGACGUCAAGAGGAGGCGAGUGAUGUGAAUCUGUUAUCUAGAGUGCCUUCAGAAAAUAUUCAUACCGCUUCACUUACUCCACAUUUUGUUGUAUUACAGCCUGAAUUCAAAAUGGAUUAAAUAAAACCUCACCCAUCUAUACACAAUACCCCAUAAUGACAGUUAGAACAUGUUUUUAGAAAUUUUACCUAAUUAAAUACAGAAAUAUCUCAUUUACGUAAGUAUUCACAGCCCUGAGUCAAUACUUUGUAGAAGUGCGGUUGGCAGCACUUACAGCUGUGAGUC